AUGAAAUUGGAACAGACUAGUGCAGCGAGCAUACAGCCGAGAGAUAUAUUGGCCUUCAUCAGACAACUAUCCAUUUCGUCGUUCCAAUGGGCAACAGGCAAAAGCGGGGUACAACCUCGCCCCAAUCGACACAAUCCUAUGCUUGACACUCCAACAACCGCCUCAAUCGGACGAGGAGGCUCCCGCAGAUUUUCGCAGUCCGUGCUACUGUCGGACGUCCGGGCGGAUACCGACUACGUCCACUCUCCAGCAGCGCCGAGAGAAGUUUGA